CCCGGUGGGGAACCUGCAUAAACUGUUGAGUAUAUUUUUUCCGUCGGUGGAGGGAGUUGGGGAAAAUGUCAUCAAUGAUAUGUCCUUUGUGUGACAAUUCCGUACCUCAAGGCAAUUUUUCUGGCGCAAAACCCAUAUGGAUCUCUGGUGAAUCCCAAUCCGGCAACUGCUGUGGGGAGAGAUAAGGAUGGUAGAACAGAAACCUUUUGAUCUCUGUUCAAAACCUUCUAUAUAUUUAGUCCAAAGUACCUCUGGUUUAUGCCAACAAACAAAAAUCUGUAAGAUAUUAACUAACAAUGAACAAGGACGAGAAGGCAAUUGAAAUAAACCACGAGGUGAAUCGUAAAUCAUCUGUGUUAAGUUUUGACACUGAAAAUGCAAACCAAGAUGCUCUGGUUGGUAGUGAGAUCGCAGCAACACCUGAGAUCGAAGAGAUUUACUUCAACAAAACUUUAGAGAGACUGAUUGUGAGAAAACUUGAUUUCAAGAUCUUGCCAGUUAUUGCUGUUAUGUACCUUUUCAACGCUUUGGACAAGGGAAAUAUUUCUAAUGCUAAGACCGACCACAUCGACAAGGAUUUGGGUAUUAAAGGUCAACAAUGGAACUUGAUGCUUUCUAUUUUUUACAUUCCAUUUGUUUUAUGUGGUUUGCCUUUCUCAUUAUUGGUGAGAAAGUAUAAUGCUGCGAAUGCCAUUCCAGUUUUGAUGUUCACUUUUGGAUGUAUCACCUUGCUCGCCGUCUCAGCAUUUAACUUCGGUUCCCUUUUGGUUGCUAGACUUUUCCUUGGUGCUUGUGAAUCGUCUUUCCUUCCAUCCAUUAUCUACUACCUUUCGACUUUCUACAGAAGAAGAGAACUUGCUACCCGUAUCAGUAUCUUUUAUGCUGCUUCAGCUAUUGCCAACGCAUUCAGUGGGUUAUUGGCUUUCGGAUGCUUCCAAAUUAAUUCCAAGAAAUUACACGGAUGGCAAAUCUUAUUUUUGAUUGAAGGUUCCUUGACUAUUUCCUUCGCUGUUUUCGCAUUUAUUGUUCUUCCAAGAGACACCCAAACUACCUCUGUCUUGAAUGACGAAGAAAAGGAAUAUGCUGCUUACAGAAUCAAGACCGAUUCUUCUGAUGACACUUCCAAGAAGGUCUCCUUCAGAGAUGCUAUGAAGGUCUUCAAGCACCCAGUCGUUUUAUUAUGGAUGCUUGUUGAAGUUUGUAUUGGUGUUCCACUUAACUCUAUUAACAACUGGUUCCCUCAAAUUAUCGGUGUCUUGGGUAAGUCCACUGUUCAAACCAACUUGUACACUGUUGCUCCAAAUGUUUGGGGUGCUGUCGUUUUGGUUGUUUUAGCUGUUAUUUCCGACAAGGUUAGAAUCAGAUCUAUCUUCGUCUGCUUCGCCGUGUUGUGUACUUUGGUUGGUUUCGCUGUCUUCGGUGCUAUUGAUGUUCAAGCCCACCUUGGUGUUGCUUACUUUUCUUGUUUCUUGAUGACCAUGGGUGCUUCUGCCUCUUCUGUGUUGACUUCAACUUGGUACACUAACAACACUCCUGGUGCAAACAGAAGAGCUGUUAUUUCUGCCGUUGGUGUUCCAUUAGCUAACGCUGCUGGUCUUAUCUCAACCAACAUUUUCUUGCCAAAGGACGCUCCAAAGUAUAUUCCCGCUUUGGGUAUCACCGCUGGUUUCGGUGGACUUGCUAUUGUUGUCAUUCUCUGCAUUCUUUUGUUCAUGAUCUAUGACAACAGAAGAAGAAAUAAGGAGCAAGGUGUGAACAGAACUUUCGAAGAUGUUCCAACCUACAUCCUUAGUGAAGGUCCUAACAACAUCAACUUUAGAUGGAUGUACUAAUUUUAUCUCGAGAGAGAUUUACGUUUUUG